CCUUUGCGAGCAGGAAGCCAUGUGACGCGUAAGAGCCAAUGAGUGCAAAAUAGCAGAGUGGCUCACUACAGGAAGAAAGAAAUUGCUAUGAGGUUCCCGGACUUAUUUAUCCCAAGCUGAAAUUAUCUUCUAAGCCCUGAGAACCCCCUGAACGUUUUACAGACACCCUUGGACCUUCGCAAUGAUGGAAACAGAAAAGAAGCCGAUAACCGAGAAGAUCUUGGACCAUACUCUGGAAAUCAUCUGCCUUCUAACUGGGGAGGAUUGUGCUGUAGUGAAGAAUGACGGCAGCGUCCCCAGUGCCUUCUGCAAGCCCCAAAAGUCAACCAGUCAGCCCAGAGAGAGAAACAGCCGACUAAUGACCCGAGAGAAGGUGCUCGACCAGGUCUCCAAAAUCCUCCAACUUCUGACUGGAGAGAUGUUUAUAAAGGAGCUGAAAUAUUUAGAAGAACAGAAGGAACCUCACAAAGACGCCAGUAUGGAGAGCUAUCAAGUUUUCAGCUCAGUGGACUGCGUUGCUCUGAACGGCAAAGCUGUGGUGAACGUGAAGCAAGAGAAUUCAUCUUUGUCUGUACGUCAGGAGAACCAGGAAAAGGCUGCUCUUGAAGUCCUAACUCCAGACAUUGGAGCCAGAAGGGAAGUCAAGUUGGAAAAGUUUCGAGCUAUUGCUCCAAGAGGAAUCAUAGUAGUUGAAGAUGACACCCCUCAGGGAUUAGCCUAUGACAAAGAAUUCAAUCUAGGACGUUCUAAAGAUUUAAUGCUAAGGGAAUCGUCACACAGAAGAGGUGAUAUGUCACAAAACAAUUACGUCAAUGCUUGUGUUGAGGAACAACUCAUUGGUGGUGGUGGUAAAAUUGGUCAUGAAGAUGACAUAGAAGUGAUACAGUUUAAUUACACUGAAGAAGACAUGAAUGUGUGCAGUUCUCUGAAGGAUAGCGCUUUGGAAGAUGCAAGUCAAGUGAAUACUGAUUUGGAAAAAUCUAUGGACUUUUCUAGUAACAUAGACGCUAUCCAUAAGACGUACGUAUGCAAUGAUUGUGGGAAACAGUUUUUUCGGAGCUUACACCUUUCCGUACAUCGUAGAACUCACACUGGAGAGAAACCUUACACUUGUACAGAGUGUGGGAAACACUUUAUUUCCAAAUCGCAUCUUACUUGUCACCUGAAAACCCAUAAUAAGACACGACCCUUUAUUUGCAGUGAAUGUGGGAAGAGUUUUUUACAGAAUGCACAUCUUAUUAGACAUCAAAUGUCUCAUACCGGAGAGAAAUCAAACCCGUUUGAUAAAGACCUUACUAAACAACUGGUAUUGCACACUGGCAACAGACCUUAUGUGUGUGGUGAAUGCGGUAAGAGUUAUACGCAAGGAUCUAGUCUGGUGAUCCAUCAGAGGACGCAUACUGGAGAACGACCAUUUUCAUGCAAUGAGUGUGGAAAGAGUUUUAUCAGUCGUGCAUAUUUUGCUGCCCACCAAAAACUCCAUACAGGAGAAGGAACGUACAUUUGUAGUGAUUGCGGUAAAAGCUAUGUUAGCAGAUUCCAUCUUCGUAUACACCAGAGAAAACAUACAGGAGAAAGACCGUACGCCUGUAGUCAGUGCGGGAAGUGCUUCAUCUCCAGAUCAGACCUUGUUCGCCAUGAGAAAAUCCACCAAGCUCAUAGGCCGUACGUCUGUAAUGAAUGCGGCAGAAGAUUCACUCAGUCAGCGCAUCUUGUUAGACAUAAAAAAAUACAUAUGGAUUCCAUAGUGUAAAAAAAAAAAAAAGUUCAAUUGUGCUGUUAAUUAUUUUUAAGUUACCAAAAAUGUGUCUCCAUGUCUCAUAUAGUUUGGACAUUUUUGUUUUAUUUAAA